CUCCUGUUUCCAACCAAAACCCUGCAAUAAUCCCAGCCCUUUUUAUAGUUUUCCUCCCAAAGAAUAGGGAUUCAAGAAACAAACUCAGAGAAACAACGAUAUGAGAUUUCACCUCAUCACCCAUUUCGCUCAGAGCGCCAUUGUCCAAUUCCCACGCCGCCGUUUGUCUGCUUUGUACAAUCAACAAUGUCGAGCGUACAGUCCAGUUGGGCACCGCCACCACCAGUUCACGAGAAAAACCAGAGUUUCUGAUGCCCCGUCUCACUUUUCCUCCUACUUUUCAUUUUUUCACAGGUUUUAUUCAUCUAAACCUUCGAAUCCGGAUAUGGGACUUCUCAGCUGGUAUUUGGGCAUGCUUGAGUCGCGUCCAGUUUUGACAAAAAGCAUAUCGGCGGCGGUUAUUUAUGCGGCAGCUGAUAUUACUUCCCAGCUAAUUACAUUGGAGUCGAACGGUACAUGGGAUUCAAUAAGGACGUUGAGGAUGGCAGGCUUUGGGUUGAUUAUUUUAGGUCCAGCACAGCAUGUGUGGUUUAAUUUUGUUGGGAGACUAUUACCGAAGCGAGAUCUGAUCACCACCUUCAAGAAACUAGCGAUGGGGCAGCUUGUUUAUGGGCCUAUGAUUAAUGGCACAUUCUUCUCUUUCAAUGCAGCUCUUCAAGGGGAAAAUGGCAAUGAGAUUGCCUCCAGAUUGAAGCGAGACUUGAUUCCCACUUUAUUGAAUGGUCUUAUGUACUGGCCAUUAUGUGACUUCUUCACAUACAAAAUCAUCCCUGUCCAUCUGCAGCCCUUGAUCAAUAGUUCGUUUUCAUACUUGUGGACCAUAUAUUUGACAUACAUGGCAAGCUUAAGUAAAGCUGUUCCAGACUAACUCAUUAUCUCCAUAUUCACACAUGUAAUUAAGAUGGAGGGGAGCAACUCAAUGUUCCAACACUACCCCAUUCACCAUGGAGGCAUGCAGAAAUCUCGUCUGCAGUAGUAUUAGUCAUUUUUAACUUAAAUGAGAUGUAGGUAAGCGCUAAUCAGUGCUCUGAAGCAUGGUUGUUAACUCGGCUUUUUAGUCUCUUUAUGUGUCUCUAGAUUCUUAUUUCUCCUUUCUUCUUCUUCCUCUUCCUCUUGUUUAUUUUUUCUUCUUUUAGUGGAUGACUUUUUCUGGGUAUUAGUCGCCAAGUGAGCCAUUAAUCGUUUAGAUCAUACAAUCUGUUUUCAACUUUUGUUAUUUAAUUGGCAAAGCUUCAAUCCA